UUGGGGUUCGACCAUGUUGAUAAGCGGCAAGUGAAAGUUCAACUUCAGCUCUUCCAUAUCAAACUCGCCAAGAGCUUCCAGGUCCUCCCCAGUCUCUUCUCUUCACUAUGUUGUUCUCCAUGCUCCUGGCCGGCGCCUCCUUGGCUGCCUCUGCCUCUGUUACUGCUAAGCCCACCAAGAAGCCCUUUGACUUUCUUGUGACCUUUGGCGACAGCUAUACGGACAACGGCCGUUUGAACUACUAUAUCGGCAAUGGAGGCAACCCUCCUCCGGCCGGUCAGCUUCACGGCGAGAUCAACGUAACCGCCAGCGGUGGUUUGACCUGGAACCAGUAUGCCAGCCGUCAAGUUGGGGCCAAGCUUGUCGACUACGCCGUCAGCGGCGCAACCUGCUCCAACCAGGUCAUCUCGCGGUACUUCAGCGCCAUCAACAAGGACUUCCCAGCUGUCUUGGAUGACGAGAUCCCUUCUUUCGUCGCCGAUACUGCGUACAGGUCCAUCUUCCCCGACAGGACCGCCGACAACACCGUCUACGCCCUUUGGAUCGGAACCAACGAUCUCGGUGGCGAUGCCUUCCUGACCGAAAACCAGCACCCCGGCAAGACCCUAACCGACUUUUCCGAGUGCAUCUGGACUGUGUUCGACACCAUCUACAAGUCUGGCGGACGUCGUUUUGUCCUGCUGAACUUGGCGCCUUUGCACCUGGCGCCUCUCUAUGCCACCCUUGAGAACGGUGGCUUCUCGGGAGCCAGCCAGUUCUGGGCCGGCAAGUCCCAGUACAACGUCACGGAGAGGAGCGAGAAGAUCAAGGAGUACAGCACUACCCUCAACACCGUCUUCAGCUAUGGCGCUGCGGUCAACACCAAGCUCAAGUCGCGCUGGCCCAAGACGACCUUUGAUCUCUUUGACGUCCACAGCCUCUUGACCGACGUCCACGAGAACCCUGCCGCGUAUCUGGAUGCUCCUCACAACAGCACCGGAUACUUCCACCACUGCCCGCCUUCCGGUAGCGACUGCGUUGACCAGACCAGCCUUGGCCCAUUGAGCGGUUUCAUGUGGUACGACGAGCUGCACCCUUCCACCAAGACCGGUAUGUUUUUUGUCCUUUCUCAUGAGUUUAUCUUUUUAUGCUGCUGUGAUGCGGGAUCCAAACAUGUGAAUUUCGCUGACAAGGAUGUGCCAGAUUCCGUCAUUGCUAAGCACUUCCUCGAUGUUGUUGCUGGGCAGUCCAAGUAUGGCACUCGCUACUGCGAUCAAAGACUGUGAGGAUGAGGGUAGAGAUAGGGAAGUGGAAUAGAAUAUAAAUAAAUUUCCCUACGAAAUGGCUGUGCUUGAAGCUGUGUGCUACCUCCCAACUGCAAGGUGGUGUCGUGCAAUGUGAUU